AUGGAGAAUCUCAACAUGGAAGAAGCAGGUGGGAAAAACAGCCUGGAGACAGAAGGCGGAGCCUACAGGCUGGGCGUGGAGGGGGAAGCUUGGACGGUGCCCAAGCUACUGAGGUCCAGGCAGCUGAAGAGUGUGGUUAGCAAGAAGAACAAAGAUGCGCAGAUGAGGGCAGCAAUUAACCAAAAGCUGAUAGAAACUGGAGAAAGAGAAUGCCUCAAAAAGUUGCUGAGAGCUAAAUUAAUUGAAUGUGGCUGGAAGCAUCAGUUGAAGGCACACUGUAAAGAGGUAAUUAAAGAAAAAGGACUAGAACACGUUACUGUUGAUGACUUGGUGGCUGAAGUCACACCAAAAGGCAGAGCCCUGGUACCUGACAGUGUAAAGAAGGAGCUCCUACAAAGAAAAAGAACAUUCCUUGCUCAGCAUGCCAGCCUUUAAGAUUGAAUUAUAUUGUGUUGUUCUGUGGUUUUAUUUCUGAAAGUAAAACUUGCCAUAAAUUAGGAAUCG